CAGACAGACAGACAGACAGAAACACAGAGACAGAGAGGGGAAGUGUUUCCUUCCUGGUCAUUGGAGGAUCUCACACUUCACCUCAUCUACCGAGUGAUAAACAUGACCGAAAUACAAAAGUAAGAUGCUGAGUCCAAAGAGUCAGAAGAACGUCAGUGAAGAGGACAGCUCUGGAUCUGAUGCAGGGUCAGAGGUUGGCCCUGAACCUGAGACGGACCGCUUUGGCUUCAUUCUAACUAAUGGUUCAACAGCUGGGACUGUGGGCCCACCUCCUGAGUUGGUCAGGCAGAGGGAGACCAAGUGGAUACAUAUCAUCAGCCAAUGGGAUCGCAUCUUGUUGAAGAAGACCAGUAAGGUCAAAGUGCAGUGUCAGAAAGGCAUCCCAGCCUCACUCAGAGCUAAGUGCUGGCCUCUGCUGUGUGGAGCCACUGACCAGAUGAAACAGAACGAAAACCUCUACCAGUCCCUGGACUCGCAGCCGGCUCUGCAGAGCUGGGUGGAAGUGAUCGAGAGAGACCUGGACCGACAGUUCCCUUUCCAUGAAAUGUUCCUUUCCAAGGAUGGACAUGGGCAGCGUGGUUUGUUCCGGGUGUUGAAAGCCUUCACUCAGUACAAACCAGAGGAGGGUUACUGCCAGGCGCAGGGGCCUGUGGCUGCGGUGCUGCUGAUGAACAUGCCUGCUGAGGAGGCCUUCUGGUGUCUGGUGCAGAUCAGUGAGCAGUACCUGCCUGGAUACUACAGUCCUCUGCUGGAGGGAGUCCUUUUUGAUGCGGGCAUGCUGACCUGGGUCUUGAAAAGAACAUGUCCAGCUGCUCACAAACACCUGCAGCACCACGGGGUGGAGCCCCUCAUGUUCGCCACUGACUGGCUGAUGUGUCUCUUCACACGUCACCUGCCCUUCAACACACUGCUCCGAGUCUGGGACCUUUUUUUCUGCCAUGGGGUGCGGGUGCUGCUCCAGGUGGCGGUAGUGCUGGUGCGUCGGGUUCUGGGCCGGGCCGAGCAGAGGAAGCAGUGUCAGGGUCAGAUGGAGACUCUGGAGAGGCUGAGGGGCGUCAGGGAGGAGGUCCAAGAGGAAGAUGAUCCUUUUAUUGCAGAGGUGUGCUCUGUGCAGCUCUCAGCAAGAGAUCUGGAGAAGCAGACGGAGAAGGAGUUGAAGAAGUGGAGGACUGACAGACCCUCAUCCACUUUUGACCCGAGAAGUCGCUGCCAGGGAUACCGGAUGGCGUGGGCGAGUGGGCGACAGAACGAGGAGGAGCGGGACAUGAAAGAGAGAGAGAAAGGGAACCUGUCUGUCCCUCUUGCUCGCUCGGCCUCCACACUCUCGCUAUCUCCCUCCCUCCUUGGCAAGAGGUGGGGUAAAGGGGGAAAGACGAACACACGAGAAUGGGAAAGUGGGGGCAGAGUUGUGAGGCAUCUCUCAAUGGGAGCAAAGGAGGACUGCAGGAGCUGGGCCGAGCUAAAUUUCAAAAAGGUGAAGAGCGUAGAGGAAGAGGAGGACACCAUGUUAGAGGAACCAAGCAAACAAACAGGAUUUACUGAACAGGAAAAACCUUCAGAUGAGUCUGAAAAUAUAGAAAUCCGAAACAUUUCAACAGAGCAUGAAGAAGAAACAGUCAAAAAAGAACUGGUUGAACAAGUGGAAACAAGAAUCACUGAAAAGGAGGAUAGCCAACUCAAAGAGACAGAGGAGAGCAACAUUUCUUAUGAACAGGGAGAGGAGCUGAAAGAGACAGAGGAGAGCAACAUUUCUUAUGAACAGGGAGAGGAGCUGAAAGAGACAGAGGAGAGCAACAUUUCUUAUGAACAGGGAGAGGAGCUGAAAGAGACAGAGGAGAGCAACAUUUCUUAUGAACAGGGAGAAGAGCUGAAAGAGACAGAGGAGAGCAACAUUUCUUAUGAACAGGGAGAGGAGCUGAAAGAGACAGAGGAGAGCAACAUUUCUUAUGAACAGGGAGAGGAGCUGAAAGAGACAGAGGAAAGCAACAUUUCUUCUGAACAGACGGGAGAAACAACCGUGGAAACAGAUCAAUCCAAAGAUCAGACUGUUGAAAAUACUCUGCAGCCAGCUGAACACAAACAGGGAGAGGAGCUGAAAGAGACAGAGGAGAGCAACAUUUCUUAUGAACAGGGAGAGGAGCUGAAAGAGACAGAGGAGAGCAACAUUUCUUAUGAACAGGGAGAGGAGCUGAAAGAGACAGAGGAGAGCAACAUUUCUUAUGAACAGGGAGAGGAGCUGAAAGAGACAGAGGAGAACAACAUUUCUUCUGAACAGGGAGAGGAGCUGAAAGAGACAGAGGAGAGCAACAUUUCUUCUGAACAGACGGGAGAAACAACUGUGGAAACAGAUCAAUCCAAAGAUCAGACUGUUGAAAAUACUCUGCGGCCAGCUGAACAUAAACAUGGAGAGGAGCUGGACUCUUGCAGCCAGUCACAAGUCCUGGAGCAGCAGAGUCAUGAAAGCAAGCAGCUGGAAAUUGAGGUGAAGGAAACAAAUGACGAGACAGAAAAACAAGUGGAACAAAUCGAACAUACAGCUGCUGCAGAGGAAAAUCUGACUGAUAAACAGAAAGUUGCUGAUAAAAAAACAAUCACAGAGGAAGCGACGCAAAGAAGUGUAAACCCAAGUGAGCAACAGAUGAUUCAGGCUGACAUGAAACCACUGCAGAGCCCAGAAACUGAGCACCAGACGCAGGAGGACACAGCGUCAGAGCUAAAGAAUGUAGAUGAAGCUUCAAAUGUCACAAGUCCCACAGUAGAAAUAGUGACACAACAGCAAGAAGUGAUCACAGUGACAGACAUCAGCUCACAGGGAGAUGCAUUUGAAGGAAAAUACCACAGCACUUCAUUAGCAGCAACAGACAUGCAAGAAGAGUCCCUCAACCAAACACAGACCGACACUGAAAAACAGGCACAGACUGAAGAAAAUGGAGUGGGAAAUGCAGGCACACAGAAUUAGAGGCUGAUAUAGAACAAACUAAUUCAGAACAACACAUAGACUCAAAGACUGAAGAAGAAACAGUCAUAUCAUGUUCACCUGAAGGCAUGCAGCCAACAGAAGGCAGUGAAUUAUUAGAGGAAACAGACACAGAGGCAGAAAUAGCAGGUGCAAACAAACUGGUGAUGGAGUCAAGGAAAGGAUGGGAGAAAGAGUGUGAUGAAGAGUGUACACAGGAGGAAGAGGAAAGCUGUUUGAUAGCAAACUCAGAGGCACAGGUGGGCAAUGAUCUGACACAAGCAGGAGAAACACAAACAGAAACAGAGACCACUGACUCUGAAGCACCUUUACAGGCUGAGGCAGAGACUCUCACCGUCGAGCCUGAUAGGAAGAUGAGUCCAGAAGAAACAAGUCCCUCAGAGGUACCUGCACCUGAACAACCAGAGAAUCAGGUCUCUAUGGGUGCUGUGGAGGAGGAAGAGAGUCCAGAAUCUGUCCAUAAAAACACUGUAGGUGAGGACGACGUCUUCCUGUCUACUGCACCAAAAGAUUCUUCUAGUAUCAAAAGCAUGUCACAAAUCCAAGACACAGAUUCUGACCUUGUGAAACAGCAGGCUGAACCUGGUGAAAGCGGCAGGACUGAAGUCUCCGGGAAUCGCAGCAGCAGGUCUUCUGAGGAUUUCUGCGUCCGCAAGUCGUCCAGCUCCCGCGGGUCUAGGUUAGCCCGAAGGCUUUCAGAAGAUCUCUUCAUCAUGCCAGAGAAAACUAGCCCAUCAAAGCUUACUCAUCAUGAACCAGAAGUUAAAAACAGUACUGCAAACACAACCAAAAAUACUCUGUCUGCAGUGACUGAGAGCUCAGUGGUACAGUCGCUGCCCGACCCCCCAAAACGUUUUGGUCUCUUCCGCAGGCUGAGAGGAGAGCAGCCAAAAAAGGUAAAAGGGACACCCAAACUGCAAGUCCCCAAAAUCUUGAUCCAAGACUUUAGUGAUGGAACAGGGCUAGGGAAACCUGUAGAGGAAGAGGGGGGAGAGAAACUGAGCUCCAGGGAUAGGAGGAGGAGGCGGAGGGAGCAAGAGAGAAGGGAGAAAGAGGAGGAAAGGUCGAGGAAGAAGAGAGAGAAAGAGUUGGCGAAGGAGAGAGAGCGUGAGAGGAAGAAACCGCAGACGAGGGGGAAAACUUUCCAGGUGCAAAAAGAGAAAGAGAGUAGUGAUGUGACUCAUCCCGCAAAAACUGGAUCACAGACUCUUAGACAUUCUGUAUCUUGUAAUGAAUCAUACUUUUGACAAAAUAAAUCUUAAUUGGAUCUGGAGGCAAGAUUUCUGAGUGCUUCAGACCUUCAGAAACCCUCUUUCUUUUGUGUGAAGAUCAUCUUUCUUAUACUUGAAACUUGUAAAUAAAUAAUGUAAACAUACUUCAAAAAUAUGUUUCUUUUAUUUAGAGGAGCUUUUUUGUUUGAUCACACUUUGAUCACAAACUGAAUAGAGAAAAAAGAAGUGUUUCAUGUUCAUUGUCAAAUGGUCCUCUAAGUCGUUAGUCUUUGAAUAUUUUUGCACAAAUGAAAUCCCAGUAGAACUUUUCUACCGGCCAGUAAAGAUAGAAAAAUAAAGGUUCAUGGUUUCCAUUUCUUUUCCAGCGCUGCAGGUGGUUUGUGGGUUAAAUAAAAAGUCCAUCUCUUU